ACAAUACUUCGUGUUGUGACUAUGAUACUGCGCUUCGUGGGUGCAGUAAAUUUUCGCGGGGCGUUACUGGAAGAGAAUUCCUUCAGCAAGGGUCUCCUCAUCGCCCAGCAGCUGCUUCUGAGCACUUGCUAUAUCAUGCCAGCAUUCACUCUAUCCCAUUUGACCGUUUUCCACGAACUGAGGGGAACGGGGUGGACGACGCACGCCAAACACCAUGUUGUUCAUGUCCUUGACGUUGUCCUCGUUGCCGCUGCUGCACUAGGCACCGUUUCUGCCUCAGAAUACUCCAAGGGUCUGACAGCGUCGGACACAGCAGACACGGUCCAAACCUUCAGAGAAGCGUCGUCAAUCACGACCGCCGCCAUACUUGUUUUGCUAACGGUAUAUAAUGCCGUACUAACAAUGCGACCUCGGCUUCCCCGAUCCACCUCCUUGUGGCUCUGUCUUACAUCUUUAUGCCUGGUAAUUCCCUUCGCAUAUCGCCUGUACCGUUCGUUCAACCCCUCCUCCUCCGACAUCUCAACAUCUUCCGCCACAAAGAUCGAAUUCUACGCUCUGGAGAUGGGCGUCGAAUACAUCGUGGUCCUCUCCCUACUAGCUGUCAACGCGAAGGAAUGGUGUGGCGUGUUGAACGAGGACGAGCUCCCGGAGGGUGUGUAUGGGAUGUACGAUGGAUCGAAGACAAAGAGCGAGGGCUCGUUGUUGUUACAACCAAGGACUACCUGAACGGCGUGCAGCAGCUUCUGACCAUCGCUCGUGACUAUUUAUACUCCUUAUAUGCACCUGUAUCCGCCUGGUUGUACCGAUAUUGGACGUCUCGGACAAUUACUUAAGAAUACCUCUGCC